AUAAUUGUAACCAUCCCGUGGUCAAGAUUGUACCAAACCUCCGCCAGAGCACGUGUAAGCCCUUUAAGGCACUGACACUUCACUGGGUAUUUCCUUUCCCUAUAAAUUCAAUGACAAUGACCGACGCCCCUCCUACACUGAAAUAAAAAUAAAUAAAUAAAUAAAUAAAAUAAAUAAAUAACUUCCUUGGAGCUCCAUUUUCCAAUCAUUUUGUUUCCCUCCCGCUCACGUCUUCACCAGCUCCUGACACGGUGUAAUGCUACAUAACAUGCUAUUGGUAACAUGUAUCUACCAAUUAAUGCAUUAACUUACAUGUCAAUCAGCAUAUCGUAAUAAAAACUGGAACGGAAUGUACACCAACAAGAUUUAAGAAAGCCAAAAACAGCCAGAAGUAAUUAAAGAAUGGUUUGAGACGUGAAAAAUCUUAUUCGCAAUUAUUUUCAAUGGCUGGUUGAAGAAAUGGCAAAAAUACGACAUGUUUAACAUAACUUAACCUCGACGACCUUUAAUCUACCUCGACCUAACUUAACGUAACCUAACCCCACGUGACCUGACCUGACCUGACCUGGCUCUAUGUUUCAGGGAGAAGACAACAUCGAGUACUUUUUGGGCCUCACACCAGCUGGGGUCGUUGUACUCAAAAAUAAGGCGAAAGUGGGGAAUUAUUUUUGUCCGAGAAUUUCCAAGGUGUAUUUUCGUGGGAGAUUUUUCAGAGUGAAAGAUAAAAAUAGCUUGGAGAACACCUACGGCUUGGAGACACCCAGUAAGUCAGCCUGUAAACACCUGUGGCAGUGCUUCUUCAGAUUGACUCAAGCUUCUGGGAAUUCUACGGAUGCUGUCUUCUCCCUUGGAGCUAAGAUUGGGUCACAGCAAGAAGGAUGGUGAGGUGAGGCAGGCCAGGCUCAACUCAAGGAUGCAGCCAGAAUUUACAAGGAUGCCAAGUAGGAGAUACCCAGUAAGUCAGCCUGUAAACACCUGUAGCAGUCUCCCUGCCCCUCCCUGCCUCCCCCAGAGCUUGGAGAACACCUACGGCGUGGAGACACCCAGUAAGUCAGCCUGUAAACACCUGUGGCAGUUCUGUGUUGAGCAUCACGCCUUCUUCAGAUUAACUCAAGCUUCUGGGAAUUCUGCAGAUGCUGUCUUCUCCCUCAGAGGAGGAUUGUGGAAAGUGCACAGGACAAAACACAGUUACAAGAACGCACCAAGCAUCUCUACCCCAUAGAAGGUUAUACCCCAUUUCACUUAAUCAGAACUGAUGGAGAGCAUGGAAGGAUUACUAUCUACACCAAAAAUAUGAUAAAUAUACAAGUUCUAAAUCAGUUCUCUUUUAUAAACAGGAAUAUUGAAAUAAGUACAACAAAGGUAAUUGUAGGGAGCACCAGUUAUAUUAUCUCAGUAAUUUACAGGAUCAAUAGUAAACAUAUAGUUGUUAAUGAAUUCACAGACAUUAUCAAUAAUUUACUAGUUGCUGAAACUUUUAAAAAUAACAAAACAAUUCUCAUUGGGGACUUUAACAUUAAUUUACUUGAACAUUCCACUCAUCUUCCUACCAACUUAUUCCUCAACACAAUGCAAACUCUGCAUCUCACACAUCUCAACCAACAAGAUUUCCUGACAGCCCUGACCUUGGUCAACCAUCAUUACCAGACCAUAUCUGGACUAAUUUCACACCUCCAUCAUUAUCAGAUCAGGCAGCAGCAAGCCUCAGUGGGCCCAGGUCACAGUGGGUCACACUCAGGUCAGAGGUCACAUGGCCACAGUGCACGACCUGACACACAAGAGUGGGUACCACCCUUCAGGUGUGGACACGGAGGUUGACUCCCUCCACCACCACCACCACCACCACCACUCGGCUAACAAGAAACAACAUCACAAACACCGUAACUCCAGUGAUUGGAAGGCUACCCUCCCCCUGUGGAUGGAGAGAGCCCUCCCCUCCAUACACGCCAUCCACGCACUCCAAGAACCAUACACUUCCGAAGGGCUGCAGUAAGGUGCAUGUGUGUGUGUGUGUGUGUGUGUGUGUGUGUGUGUGUGUGUGUGUGUGUGUGUGUGUGUGUGUGUGUGUGUUGUUGUUGUUGUUGUUGUUGUUGUUGUUGUUGUUGUUGUUGUUGUUGUUGUUGUUGUUGUUGUUGUUGUUGUUGUUGUUGUUGUUGUUGUUGUUGUUGUUGUUGUUGUUGUUGUUGUUGUUGUUGUUGUUGUUGUUGUUGUUGUUGUUGUUGUUGUUGUUGUUGUUGUUGUUGUUGUUGUUGUUGUUGUUGUUGUUGUUGUUGUUGUUGUUGUUGUUUUGCAGGAGGGGACAGUGGAGGGAAGAAUACCAGAUGGAGCUGUAGGAGGCAGAGAAGGAGGAGGAGGAGGAGGAGGAGGAGGCUUCAGCUCAAAGGCAUUAUAUUGUAAAAAAAAAAUGUGUGUGUGUGUCCAGUUCUUCCUUUCUUCCUUCCUCCUCCUCCUCCUCCUCCUCCUCCUCCU